UUCAAAUUCCACCCUUCUAUAAACCCACCUCUCUGAAAAUCCAAUCCCUCCCAAAAAAAUCUACAACCCACCUGCCGGGAAAUUGAUUAAUCGACGGCAAUGGGCUGCACGUCUUCUAAGCGAAUUGAGGCCACCGUUGAUGUGUACCGGCCGGCUCCGGCGAGCUUUGCAGUGUUCGAUAUAAACGCCAUCGAGGAGCCUUGGGUUAAAGUGGUGGAGGAGCCACAAUCUCCAGCAUCUCCCGUGAAGGAGGAGAAAGCUGCGAUUGUUCCGGUUCCCAUCCUUGAGAAGCUCAGUAGUUUGGAAUCUGAGACUCCUCACUCAUGGGAUGAGGUCAGUAAGGCUCUUGAAGAUCUCAAACCCGCCCUUCAACGCGAGCUCCAACCUCCUCCUAAGCCCGUUACUCCCAACCAAGAACCGCCGCCGUCGAAACCCGCCGCAGCCGCCGUCGGUAAACAAGCCCCACGCAAGAGCUCCAGCUUUCACACGGUGGCAGAGCUCGACUCCAAGUUAACGUCUUCCACCAAGCCGGCCGCCAAGUCUUUCAGAAACGGACCGACAAAACCCGAGCCAACAAUACCCGAGCCAAGAACCGGCGAUCCGGACCGGUUCAGGUCCGUUAAAGAGAACAUUUUUCUAUUAAGGGACAGACAGGAGAGGGAAAGAGAGGGGCAGAAGCCGGUCCGGUUCGACCCACUAAGUGACUUCCCAGAGAAGUGCCCGCCGGGAGGAGCGGAAACGGUGGUGCUGUAUACAACAUCGUUGAGAGGCGUACGGCGGACGUUCGAGGACUGUAACAGAGUGAAGUCGGUGCUGGAGUUGCAGCAGGUCGUGGUCGAUGAGCGUGACGUGGCAUUGCACGGUGACUUUUUGAAGGAGCUCAAGGAGUUGCUCGGCGACGAGGCGACCGUGCCGAGAAUGUUUGUGAAGGGAAGGUACAUCGGAGGGGCAGAUGAAAUAGUAGCCCUGAACGAGAUGGGGAAGCUUCGUAGGAUACUACGGCGAGCGGCGGUGGAGACGGGAGCAGGGCGGCAAGGGUGCGAAGGGUGCGGCGGGGCAAGAUUUGUGCCAUGUUUGGAGUGUGGAGGAAGCUGUAAAGUGAUAAUUGGGGAGAGAAAGGAGAGAUGUGGAGGGUGUAAUGAAAAUGGUCUGGCUCGUUGCCCUGCUUGCCAUUGAACGAAGGCUUGAUGGAAGAUGGUGAACUUCGCAGUCCAUACUUAUAAUGUGUUUUUUAGUGUAAUUUUAUAGCAAGAAAUGCUUGUGGAAUUGGGAUAGAAAGUUGGGAAAAUAUAGAAAAGGGGGAAUUAUUCAUUAAUGAUCAUGUCCUUACUCCUUGGAUUCUAAUCAGUUUCAACACUUAUUUUA